AUGAACUUUCAUUUCUCACUACAGAAUGAGAAUAUUUGGUUCCGCCUUAAACUGAGAAAUUUGAUAUUUAUUGUUUUAACCCUGGCACUUCUUCUAUGUUGCUUCAGAUCACAUUUUUCAAUAGUAAAUGAAGGAGGACAGGAAACAGGACAUUCUGACAGGCCGCGGCUGACGGUACAAUAUCGCAUUAAUUGCACAGAAAUAUAUGAAAUGGAACCAGUGGAACUGGGCAAAAGAAUCAUUCGCAAGCAAAAAAGCUACGUAGGGCCAACCGAUGAGGCUGUUGUUAAUGCCACCUCUGACUGUGAUUGCUUUGUUAAGUCAAGGGGCUAUAAUGCGACUCAAGGCUCUGACUUUGAGCGUGAAUUUCCUCUUGCUUUUUCUUUGGUCGUUCACCAGGAUGCGGCUCUUGUGGAGAGGUUGCUAAGGGCCAUUUAUAUGCCGCAUAACAUAUACUGCAAGCAUUAUGAUCUGAAGUCCUCAGAUGACUUUAUUUCGGCAAUGAAAGGUCUGGCCCGCUGCAUCCCCAACGUCUUCAUUGCCUCAAACCUGGAGAGGGUGCAGUACGCAGGAUUCUCACGACUCAAAGCGGAUCUUAAUUGCCUGUCUGACCUCCUAGAUUCUGAGGUCAAAUGGAAGUAUGUCAUCAACCUGUGUGGUCAGGACUUUCCACUGCGGACAAAUGCUGAGCUGGUGUCGGAUCUAAAAAAGCUGAAAGGCGGGAACAUGGUGGAGAGCAAGUGGCCUGGAGGAAAGACAGGUCGCUGGAGUGUUUUGAGUUAUUUACUAAAAGAUAAUAAUUCACAGUAUUAUGAGUCUCCUGUAAGCACUUCUGAGAUAAAAUCUCCACCUCCUCACAACAUAGAAAUGUUUGUGGGCAGCGCGUACUUCACACUUUCAAGAGAAUUUGUGGCUUUUGUUCACCAGAGUUUGCUAGCCAGGGAUUUCUUGGCUUGGUGUGAGGAUACAUACUCACCUGAUGAACAUUUCUGGGCAACUCUAAUUCGUGUGCCUGGAGUACCAGGGGAAGUGCCAAGAUCUGAUCCUGAGAUCUCAGAACUGAUAAGUAAAACCCGCCUGGUGAAGUGGUCAUAUCUAGAAAGGACUCUUUAUCCACCAUGCACUGGAGUCAGUAUACGAGCUGUAUGUAUUUAUGGUGCUGCUGAGCUCAGAUGGCUGCUGAACUAUGGCCAUUGGUUUGCUAAUAAAGUGGAUCCAAAAGUGGAUCCUGUUCUUAUGGAAUGUUUAGAGGAGAUACUUUCAGAAAAACAACUGAGGCCAAAAUUGCAGUGAAAAGGACUUUUUAUUUUUUAACUGAUGAAAUUUUGGAUUGGUGUUUUUCUCUUUUUUUAUAGUAAUUGGGAUUUCUGGUA